AUGGAAGACCAAGAACUUGUCGAUAGAGUCGUUGAAGCCGUUCUUGAGAAGGUCAACCCUCGUCUCGAUGCUCUCGAUAGCGAAACCGCAGAUUUCAAGGGCCGACUCGCCGAUAUUUACCGUGUUGAAGCCGAGAUUAGGUACUUCAAGGCCUUGAUGAGCACCGUUCAAAGCAAGCUGUACAAUGCAGAAGGCAGGUUACUAUUGGAGAAAGGCAAACUGGCACAAAACGAAGCUCGACUCCGCGGGACUCCAAACACUCUACCAUUCGGUGCUCGAGACCCCCGACCCUACGCAAAAAGUCGACCGUCCCCUGAAAGUCCCCUGCGAUGGCGAUAA